ACCACAUGCGAGGGGACAUCGAUGCCGGAGAAGCUGAAUUUGAGGAUGGAGCAAGGUGAAGCGUUGGAGAGCCCCCAGCAACUGCACUGAGCACCAUGGAGCUCCUUUUCAGGAGAAAGCGGCUCGGUCUGCUGAAGCCCCUUCUCAGCCUCUCUCUGUUCUUCGCCUCGCUCCUCAUGAUCCACAAGCUCAGACUCCCCGAGAAGGACGCCACGGGGACGUAUAGGAGACACAUCGGCUGGUGUGGAGACUGCUUUUCAUUCAAGAAGACCGCCGCCAAGCACUCUUGGGUGAACCACACAACGCUCCGAGGAGUCUCCAACCGGACCGGCCCUUUCUGGAAUGCGCAGGUGCUCAACUGCAGCGAGGACGCCACGGUGAGGACCAAGGACUGGUUUCGGAGGUUGGACUCACGGUUUCACCAGUUCGUCCUGCACCGGCACUGCAGGUACUUCCCGAUGCUCAUCAACCACCCGGAGAAGUGCUCCAAUGGCGGGGUGCACCUCCUCAUGGUGGUCAAGUCUGUAAUCGAGCAGCACGACCGGCGCGAGGCGGUGCGUAAAACCUGGGGCAAGGAACACACUGUAGACGGUAAGAGCAUAAAGACCCUCUUUCUUUUGGGGAGCCCCGCUGUAGGCAAAGACAAAAAGAACCUACAGAAACUGAUCGAGUACGAGGACCGCAUCUACGGGGACAUCCUGCAGUGGGACUUCAUGGACACGUUCUUCAACUUGACCCUGAAGGAGGUCAACUUUCUUAAAUGGUUCAACAUCUACUGCCCAGGAGUCCAGUUUAUAUUCAAAGGAGACGAUGACGUGUUUGUGAACACCAACAACCUGCUGGACCUCAUCGGCUUCAAGGUGGAGGAGCACAAGGAGACCACUUUGUUUGUGGGGGACACCAUCUCCAAAGCCAUACCCAUCAGGAACAGACAGAGCAAAUACUUCAUCCCCAGGGAGCUCUAUGAUAAGCCCUACCCUCCUUACGUAGGAGGAGGAGGAUUCCUCAUGUCCUCCCAGCUGGCCAGGAGGCUCUUCGUGGUCUCCGAGGACCUGGAGCUGUAUCCCAUCGACGACGUAUUUUUGGGCAUGUGUCUGCAGAGACUGCGUCUGAGCCCGGAGAUGCACUUGGGUUUCAGAACCUUCGGCAUCACCAGGCGCAGGGUGAGCCCCAUGAACAGCGAGCCGUGCUUUUACAAGAACCUCGUGGUGGUGCACAAACUGAGCGCACAGGAGCUCGUCAAGAUGUGGAGGCUGGUGCAUGACGAGAAGCUGGUUUGUGCUCAAAGGACGUCUGUAUGACUCAAAUAGAAGUCAUACGAAUAUAAGCUGAGAGGGCUUGGUUAUGAAUGAAUAAGUGAAGUUCUCCUCAGUGCUUUUAUGGGAAACCACUACCAUACAAGGUCUACAGUGUCCAUAUCUCCGUGCCUUCAAAUAUGAGCCUCAGUGUGCAAGCAUGAAAGCCAAACCAUCAAUAAUACUGUAUCUAUGAAGGUUCUCAUUCAUCCAGGUCGUUGUCAUCUCAGGGCGUUCAAUCGUUCGUAACUGGACUGCUUGGUUUCUCUACUCAUCAUCAUGUAUAUACUCUGUGAUGACUAUAUUAUGAUGAUAGCAUAUAUCUGUAUCAAGUGGACCCCGACUUAAAAAGUUGAAAAACUUAUUCGGGUGUUACCAUUUAGUGGUCAAUUGUACGGAAUAUGUACUUCACUGUGCAGUCUACU